AUGACUGCUGGGAGAUACAUCGCCACACGCAUUCCUUCCCUAUUCACGCUUCCUGGUACGCCAGUGAAGUCGCUGAACCCAGCCCCAGCAAUGAGGGCCUUGAGCAGAAGCGACUGGAACUACUUUGCCAUGGGCUACUGUGCCUGGGUCAUUGAUGCGUUCGACUUCUUCUGCGUGUCUGCCUGUGCCCCAGCGUUGGCCAAGGCCUUUGACAGAUCAAUCCACGACAUCACCUGGGGUAUCACACUGGUGCUGAUGACCCGUUCUCUGGGUGCCGUGAUCUUUGGUUCUCUCUCCGAUACGUACGGUAGAAAGCCAACGUACUUGGCCGUCAUGGCCCUGUUCUCCAUGAUUGAGAUCGGCACCGGGUUUGUCCAAACCUACACACAGUUUCUGAUCGUGAGAUUGCUCUUUGGUGUCUGUAUGGGUGGUUGCUACACCACCGCAUCUGCAACAGCACUGGAAUCUCAGCCAACAACGUCUCGUUCCGUGCUAGGUGGUAUCUUCUUGCCUGGCUAUAACCUGGGCUACAUUCUCGCAGUGGCCUUCUACCGUGCCUUCGAGUUCUCAACUCAUGGCUGGAGAGCACUCUUCUGGUUCUCAGCAGCCCCUCCUGCCAUUCUGUUCAUGUGGAGACUGAUGUUCCCAGAACAUCCACACUUUGUUGAGCACAAGAGAGUCCAGCGUGAAAAGGCCUUGGCUGAGGGUAACCAUGCCCAGGCUGCAUCACCAUGGAGGCAAUUCUACUCUGAUUUGAAGAAGGCAUUGAGCAAUCACUGGCUGAUGUUCGUUUACCUCGUCUUCUACCUCUCAUUGAUGAACUUCUCCUCGCACGCUUCCCAAGAUUUGAUGCCAACCAUGUUGCAAAACCAGCUCUUCUUCUCCGCAAACCAGCGUACUGCCAUCAUGAUCGUCGUUAACCUGGGUGCCAUGGUUGGUGGCCUGUGUGUUGGUACGCUUUCUGAAUUCACAGGGAGAAGACUGGCGAUCUUUUCAUGUGCCGUUGGCUCCUCAGCGUUGAUCUACCCUGCUUUCUUCUCCACGUCCAUUGGUGGGCUCAUGGCUGGUGGCUUCUUCAUGCAGUUCUUCGUCAUGGGCUGCUGGGGUGUCUGCUCUGUCUACAUCAUGGAGCUGUCUCCACCAGCGUUCAGAGCCCUGUUUGGUGGUUUGGCUUAUCAAUUGGGUAACCUGGCCUCAUCAGCAUCUUCCACCAUCGAAUCAGAGAUCAGCAGCUCGUUCCCACUGCCAGAUCUCGGCCCAAGCAUCUACGACUACGCAAAGAGUAUGGCUCUGUUCAUGGUUGGUGUCAACGUGUGCCUCAUCGUGUGUAUCAUCUGUGGUCCAGAGUACUUCCACAGGGACUUCAGUGCACAUGCUGAAGAGAACUACUCUGACCAGAAGAAGGCCACCAUCGAACAGUUCGACACGGCCAGUGACGAGGAGCGUGCCAUGGGAUCAUUGAAGAUGAACACCGAGGUUGAGGAGUUCGACAUGGACAAGGCCUCUGUCCAGCACAGAGAAUCUGCUAGAGACUAG